GUUUCUGUGAGCUGCUUGUGAGGGGGAGGAGAAGGUUGAGGUAGUGGGAUUUGGACGGGACAAUGGCGGCGCUAGCGGUCUCCCUUCGGAGGUGGUUACAGGCCUUCCUUGCAAGUUUUUGCUGUUCGGUUACUUUGACGACGACAGCUGCAGCUGGAUUGCUUCUUUUCCUUCUCCCUGAAGCAGCAACGGCCUUGCAGUGUUUUUGUCUUCGCUGUACAAAAGAGAACUUCACAUGUACAACAGAUGGGCUCUGCAUUACUUCAGUAACACGGAAUAGAAACAAAAUCAUACGCAAUAGUAUGUGUAUUGCAGAAAUUGAUCUGUUUCCCAGAGACAGGCCGUUUGUUUGUGCUGUUUCAACAAGUAAAGGAGUAAUUACUGUGCCUCAUUGCUGUGAUAAAGACUUCUGCAAUAAAAUAGAUCUUCCAAUUCCAACACCAGGUCCUGUACCAGGGAAGUUUUCUUCCACUCUAGGACCAGUGGAAUUGGCUGCUGUCAUUGCUGGGCCCGUUUGUUUUCUUUGCAUUUCACUCAUGUUGAUUCUUUAUAUCUGCCAUAAUCGUACAGUCAUACACCAUCGAGUUCCAAAUGAAGAAGAUCCUUCAAUGGACCGACCAUUUAUAUCUGAGGGAACUACUUUGAAAGAUUUAAUUUAUGAUAUGACCACUUCAGGAUCAGGAUCAGGUUUGCCAUUACUUGUUCAAAGAACAAUUGCAAGAACAAUUGUACUACAAGAAAGCAUUGGAAAAGGUCGAUUUGGAGAAGUCUGGCGAGGAAAGUGGAGAGGAGAAGAAGUUGCAGUAAAAAUAUUCUCUUCAAGAGAAGAACGCUCAUGGUUUCGUGAAGCUGAAAUCUAUCAAACAGUUAUGCUACGUCAUGAAAAUAUUCUUGGGUUUAUAGCUGCAGACAACAAAGAUAAUGGUACAUGGACACAACUCUGGCUAGUGUCAGAUUAUCAUGAACAUGGCUCUCUUUUUGAUUAUCUGAACAGGUAUACUGUUGCUGUAGAGGGAAUGAUAAAACUAGCAUUGUCAACUGCCAGUGGACUUGCACAUCUUCACAUGGAGAUUGUUGGCACACAAGGUAACUUAUCUUGAGUUUAUAGUCUUAAUCAUAUAGCCCAAUGCUUGUUUCAAUUGUUAACAUAUAUCUUCUCUCAGUAAUAUAAUUU